UCUUUUUCGACCAAUCAGAGCACCGCUCCCUUCAUCGGCGUCUCACCAGCAACCACCAUCCGCUAGCUAGUUUAGCAUCAGUGUGGAGGAGAAGCUAACCUACAGAGACAUAUCUGUUCCCUCUUUUUGGUUAUGUAUUCCGCCUAAAUAUACUGAAGUUACCAGGCGUCCAAGUGACUAACUCGAAGAUGCAGUUCAUGCUGUUAUUCAGCCGGCAGGGAAAGCUGCGGCUACAGAAAUGGUAUGUGCCUCUGUCUGAUAAGGAGAGGAAGAAGAUCUCCAGAGACCUGGUCCAGACCAUAUUGGCCAGGAAGCCCAAGAUGUGCAGCUUCUUGGAAUGGAGGGACCUCAAAAUCGUGUACAAGAGAUAUGCAAGCCUGUAUUUCUGCUGUGCUGUGGAGGAUCAGGACAAUGAGCUGAUCACCCUGGAGAUCAUCCAUCGAUACGUGGAGCUGCUGGACAAAUAUUUUGGCAGUGUUUGUGAGCUGGAUAUUAUCUUCAACUUUGAGAAGGCCUACUUCAUCCUGGAUGAGUUCCUGCUGGGGGGAGAGGCUCAGGAGACGUCGAAGAAGAACGUGCUGAAGGCCAUCGAGCAGGCUGACCUGCUGCAAGAGGAGGCCGAGGCACCACGGAGCGUUUUGGAAGAAAUUGGGCUGACAUAAAUCAUCAUGCUGCAGUUCCUUCCUCCAGAUGCAGAUCUGGCAACCUCUAUGUCUCUCUUCUGUUGACUGUGUCAGUGUUGUAUGUAUAUAAUCACCAUCUAUGUAUUCUGUCAUGUACUAUCCAGUAGUGUCCUUUAAAUGUGGUGCCAACUGUGGUGUUGAUGUAUCUCCUCUGAACAAUCUCCCUCACUGUAUUCUGCAGUAGUAUUAACAUCCUUCACAGAACUAACUUCUUAAAACUCAACUGAGUACAAUGUAGCGACGACAUGAAACUCCAGCACCAUAUUAAUCAUCUAUCAUCACUGAUUGCAGAGUUGUGUGUGCUGUUUGGCUUCAAGUAUUUUUAAAGGUGCUGUUGUCGACUCAGUCGGCAAUUCUCAUGAUUUACCUUCACAUUCAGGCCACAGAACUCAGCAUCCAAAUACUAAAUAAAUAAAUAUUCUGACAUCUGUGAGGUUCAUUUGAUAAAACUGUUUUUGUUAACAAACUAAAUGCAUAAUUAAAAACGUUUUUCAUCUUGUUUCUCAAUA